AUGUGCAGUGCAGCCUCCCAGUCGCAGCGCCUGACCAAGCCCCUCCAGAGAGAAAACAGAAAAGCCUUCUCCAGGGACCGACCCACCCGAGAGGAAGAAGCCCAAGGAGACACCACCACCCGUCUCCUGCUCGGAGCCAUUGCCGUCCUCCUGUUCGCCAUCCUGGUGGUGAUGAGCAUCUUGGCUUCCAAGGGCUGCAUCAAGUGUGAGGCGCCCUGCCCGGAGGACUGGCUGCUCUACGGCAGGAAGUGCUACUUCUUCUCCGAGGAGCCGAGGGACUGGAACACCGGCCGGCAGUACUGCCACACCCACGAGGCGGCGCUGGCGGUGAUUCAGAGCCCCAAGGAGCUGGAAUUUAUGUUCAAGUUCACGCGGAGGGAGCCCUGGAUUGGCCUUCGCAGAGUCGGGGACGAGUUCCACUGGGUCAAUGGGGAGCCCUUCGACCCCGACACGUGAGCUGAGGCUUUGUCUUCGUCCUCUGCCCUGAGCUUAGCCCGGGCAGGGCCUCAACCCCGCACCUCC